AUGGAAGCACAACCGGCCACGCGCGCCGACCCCAUGGUCACCGCCAUGUUCAACUUCGCCGGCGCGCACCCGGCCAGCCUGGAGGCCUCCGUCGUCGCCGCCAGCGAGUGGGUGCGCUCGGGCGCCGAGACGAUCCCCGUCGCCACAUGGCGCCUCGACUGCGCCCGCGACCAGAACCCGGGCAACGACGCCUGCCGCGCGGCCAGCAUCUACCCGGCCGAGCUCACCCACACCCGCGGCUCCAUCUUUGGCGGGUCCGUCACCGGCACGCGGUGGCGCUGCGAGCUGGGCGGCUGCGCUGGCUGCCGGGACGCCAUCGACGUGUCGGCGGCCUGCGCGUACACGCACGGCGGGACGACGGCGACGACGACGCUCGACUCGUGCGAGGUGCUGGCGCGGUCCGUCGUCGCGGUCAACACGGCCGGCGAGGAGAAGCUGGGCAGCAUGGAGCUGUUCAACACCAACAGGCCCGAGGUCAUCAACUCUGCGCUCGCGGCUCUCCUGUCCUCGGCCAGGUGCCCGCCUACGCCGGUCGUCAUGUCUGUCCCUGCGAAAGCAACCAGGCCGUCAACCCCGGCAUCGAGCAGCGACAGCGUGCGCGAUGCGCCAUCGACGGGAUCUACUCAGGCAAACACUGGCGCGAGCGUCACCAGCGCCCAGGCACCCAGCACAUCACAGUCGACUGUGGCCUCGACAGGGUCUGGAAGGAGUGCAGCAGGGAGACAUGGCCGUCAGAGCGGGUGGUGGUUAUCUGUCGUUGCUGUGGGCUUGGUUUUGAGCUCAAUAAUCUAA